AUGUUCUCGCCGCAGAGACCUCCCACCAUAACCGUCGAUCCCGCUGACGGCUCCCAGGGUACUCCUGACGCCGAGAACAAUGUUGCCCAACCUUUGACAGAGCACAACUCCCCGCAAGAGCGUGCCUGCGUGUCCCCGGCAGCUUUCGUCCAAGACCCUGCCGGCGCCGCCGUAUUCUCGCCGUCCUCCUACGGCGGCUCGACGGCCACCGGCAUGACGCCAGACGCCUCCACUGUCGAGAGAUCCCGCGCGGCAUCCCUGAACACCACGCUGUCGAGCAUCCCCAGCCAUGAGAACCUAGCCGGCGCCCGGCAGGACGACAUGUCCAGCGGAUUUCCGUUCUUGCCCGAGAUCCUAGCGGACAUGGUUAGCUCCAAGAGCAUGGCCGAUCUGGAAGCUGUGGGCGGGCCUGCCGGCCUAUCUCGCGGCCUACGGACGGAUCUUGAUGCCGGCUUGGGCUCGGGCGAGUCGCGGCCCAACGACGUUAUCGGCUCGGCGCCGCAGGCUAACGACGUGUGCGAUGUGCUCAAGGCCAGAAAGGCCGUGUUCGGGACGAACCGGAUCCCGGACAAGAAACUGAGGGGCAUAUUCGAUCUCAUGAUCCUGGCGCUAAGCGACAGGGUGCUAAUACUGCUUUCCGUUGUUGCCGCCAUCUCGCUGUCCGUGGGUAUGUACCAGUCCUUUGGCCAGCCGCAUGCACCGGGGCAGCCGCGCGUCGAGUGGGUAGAUGGAGUCACCAUCAUGGCGGCCGUCAUGAUUGUCGUCGUCACCGGUGCCGCGAACGACUACCAGAAAGAACGGCAGUUUGCUCGGCUAAACAAGAAGAAAGAGCAGCGGGCGGUAGUAGCGAUUCGCUCCGGCAAGCCUACUGAGAUUUCGGUAUUUGACAUCCUCGCAGGGGACGUUCUCCAGCUGAACCCUGGCGACCUCGUUCCGGCGGACGGGAUCCUGAUAGCGGGACACGCCAUUCACGCCGACGAAUCUUCCAUGACCGGCGAAUCCGAGCAGAUCAAGAAGACGCCGGCGGCAAAGGCCCUGACGGACCUAAGGAAGGGCAGGGACGCCAACGGUCUCGACCCGUUUAUCAUCUCGGGGAGCAAGAUCUUAGAAGGGACCGGCACUUACCUGCGGCCAGAUGCCACACCGUUGCAAGAGAAGCUAAGCGGCGUGGCAGACAAGAUCGCGAUAAGCGGAGUGGCUGUUGCCACAGUUUUGUUCCUGGUCCUCACUAUCAAGCUUAUUUUCACCAUUCCAACAAGCGAUAGCUCGCCUUUCGAGCUAUUGCAGACGUUUCUCCGCAUCUUCAUCGUCUCAAUCACCAUUGUCGUCAUCGCGGUCCCUGAAGGGUUGCCGCUGGCUGUCACGCUGGCGCUGUCCAUUGCGGUCACGCGAAUGCUCAAGGACAAUAACCUCGUGAGGAUUCUUGCAGCGUGUGAGACCAUGGGGAACGCUACGACUGUGUGCUGCGACAAGACGGGGACGCUCACGAUGAACAAGAUGAGGGUCACGCGGGGGGUUCUCGGCAACACGGCCGCUUCCGAACACGACGCCCUCCUGGGCGGAGCGCUGCCGGUCGCUGCUUCGGAUGAUGUGCGCGACGCCAUGCUGAAAUCCAUCGCCAUCAAUUCCACCGCCUUCGAAGGGGACGAAGACGGGAGCAUCGCUUUCAUCGGCUCUAAGACGGAGGCCAGUCUGCUUCUGUUUGCCAAGGACUGGCUUGGCAUGCAGCCACUUCAGCAGGAGCGCGCAAACGCUGAGGUGGUGGAGGUUUACCCGUUCGAUUCCACCAGAAAAUGCAUGGCCACUGUGACGAGGCUCCCGGACAGCAAGUACCGCAUAUACGUGAAGGGAGCGCCGGAAGUGCUCCUGGAGUAUUGCAGUCGGGUCAUACCCCAGGCUGCAUCUCCGCUGGGGCAAGGCGUCAGCUUGACCGAGGAGCGGCGCGAUGUACUGCUAGGAACCAUCGGAGAGUACGCCUCCCAUUCGUUACGAGUCCUCGGGUUCGCAUACAAAGACACAUCUUGUUGGCCGCCCUUUGGAUAUCCACCAGACGGCGUCCCAGUCGAGCAGAUCCUGGCCGACAUGACGUUGCUGGGGGUGCUGGGCAUUCAGGAUUCGCUGAGACCAGGGGUCGCAGAUGCCGUUGCCAGAUGCCAGGGCGCCGGCGUGUUCGUGAGGAUGGUGACGGGCGACAAUGUUCGGACGGCCCGGGCAAUUGCGAGUCAAUGUGGAAUUCUGACCGACCAUGGCAUCGUUCUUGAAGGCCCAGCGUUCAGACAACUCUCGGACACAGAGAUGGAUCGAAUCCUGUCGCGUCUUCAAGUGCUAGCCAGAUCAAGCCCGGAAGACAAACAGUUGCUGGUGAAGCGUUUGAAGGAACUCGGCGAAACCGUGGCCGUGACUGGCGAUGGCACCAACGAUGGGCCGGCCUUGAGGGCUGCCGACGUCGGGUUUUCGAUGGGACUCUCCGGGACUGAUAUUGCUAAAGAGGCCUCAUCGAUAGUCUUGAUGGAUGACAACUUCUCCUCCAUUGUCAAGGUGAUCGAAUGGGGACGCACUGUCAAUGAUGCGGUCAAGAAGUUUCUGAACUUCCAACUCACCGUGAACAUCACAGCAGUCACAGUUACCUUUGUGUCUGCCAUCAUCAGUGAUAAAGAGGAGUCCAUCUUAACACCAGUUCAAUUGCUACCUACCAAGCGCAACCGUUCUCGAAAGAAAGCCCGAAAGAAAAUCCGCACCAUUAAUAUCUACAACCGGAUGGAAGUUGAUUAUCGGCCAAUCGAGGAGAUGGAAACGCUGGAAACACUGAUCUUCAACGCUUACGUCUGGAUGCAGUUUUUUAAUCUCUACAACAAUCGCCGCCUCGACAAUAAGUUCAACGUCUUCCAAGGUAUUACGAUGAACCCGUAUUUUAUCGCCAUUAUUGUGGCUAUUGCUGCGGGUCAGUUUCUCAUCAUAACCUUUGGCGGAAGUGCUCUCUCGGCAACACAGCUUUCCGCCAAGGAAUGGGCCAUAUCGCUUAUCCUUGGCGUCCUUUGCAUGCCUGUGGCGAUGGUUCUGCGCUUAAUUCCGGAUGAGUCGAUCAAACGCCUCUUUGACCGCAAGCGACAUGGAAGAAGUGAUACGCCGCAGGGAGAUCGAACGGCUGCACCUACAGACGAGAUCCAAUGGCCGAUGGCUCUGAGGCGUGUUCGCUGUGAACUUCUUACAAUCAGGCAACCUCGUAGCUCGAGACUACAGCGCCUGCGAUCCGAGAUUGGCGACCGGGCAAUCUCGGGGGACUGGUAG